AUGGCUGAUAGAGGAGGAUUCCGUGGUGGAUUCGGUAGCGAACGCGGACGCGGCGGUGCUGGCCGUGGAGGCGAACGUGGCGGCCGUGGUGGCCGUGGAGGUCGUGGUGGCCGCGGUGGACGCGGUGGAAGGUAUUUUUCAUAUGAAUAGUUCAGUUUUUUUUUUAAAUAAGGAUCUUGAGACUCAACUUCUAAAACUUCAUAAUAAAUGUCAUUUUUUAAAUAUACACUAUUCAAAAAUCUUAAAUACUAGUUGGAACAUAAUUCCGUUUAUUAUUGUUAGAAAGAACGAAUUUUAAAUUUUCUCGAUGGAAAAAAAUCUUUCUAUAAUGCAAACGUCUAAAAAAAAGGAGUUUCUUAAUCUUUCGUGACCCACUAUUUUUUUAGACCUGGACGUGGAGGUGAGAAGGAGUCCGAAUGGACCCCAGUGACCAAGCUCGGACGUCUCGUCAAGGACCGCAAGAUCACCACUCUUGAGGAGAUCUAUCUCAACUCUCUUCCCAUCAAGGUUUUUUUCUCUUCAUUUUUUAUUUCGAAUUUUUUUUCACAGGAGUUCGAGAUAAUCGACACUUUGUGCUCGAACCUCAAGGACGAAGUCUUGAAGAUCUCUCCCGUCCAGAAGCAGACCACGUAUGAAUUUAUUAUAUUUUUUAACCUUUUAUUCGAAUUGAAACUUCGCCAUCUGAAGGGAUUUUUGUUUACUUUUUAUUAAACGGCGUGUUCGUUGAACAGAACGAAAUUGUUUCGAAACGCAAGAAAAUUGCUCUAAAACAAAAAUUAGUACUGUUUUGGAUCACUUUGGCGCGCCGAUGAACGCUUUUGCGUUUUGAAACAUGUUCCGUUUGUCCUAUGAAUACGCCAAAAAUUUCGAGAUUUUUGAUGAAAAAAUUAUUAAAAGUAGUAUUUGAAGAGCAAUUUUUUGGGUAGGAAUAAGAACAAGUCAAUAAGUUAUAAGAAAAGUGCGAUUUUUUUUGUUAACUACUUUUCUUAUUCUUCAACCUAAAAAAAAAAUAUAUUUUUGCCUCAUCUGAAUGAUAUAAUUACUGUGACAAGAAUUUAUAUCUCGAUUACUUUUUUUCCUUCAUAUUUUUCUAGUAUUUUUUUCCUGAAAAAAAUUAUAAUAAAAAUUUUUGGAGUUUAUUAUCUCAAACAAUUUGUGAUGCGAAUUUUUUUUUCUUCAUUUAUAGCCUGGCUCAGUCCAACUUCAUUUAAAAAUUGACAGGAAAAAUUUUUGAUUUUAAUAAAACUGGUAGAAAUUGAUCGAUCUUUUAUCCACUGGUUUUUCAGCGCCGGUCAGCGUACCCGUUUCAAGGCUUUCGUCGCCAUCGGUGACCACAAUGGCCACGUCGGUCUUGGAGUGAAGUGCUCCAAGGAAGUCGCCACCGCCAUUCGCGGAGCCAUCGUUGCCGCCAAGCUUGCCGUCAUCCCUGUCCGACGAGGAUACUGGGGCAACAAGCUCGGAGAGCCUCACACCGUUCCCUGCAAAGUCACUGGAAAGUGCGCUUCCGUCAUGGUCCGAUUGAUCCCUGCCCCCCGUGGUACCGGUAUUGUGUCCGCUCCUGUCCCCAAGAAGCUUUUGCAAAUGGCCGGUAUCGAGGAUUGCUACACCUCUGCCACCGGACAGACCGCCACCCUUGGUAACUUCGCGAAGGCCACCUACGCUGCCCUCCAACGGACCUACUCCUACCUUACCCCCGACCUCUGGAAGGAGGAAGCCUUGGAGAAGUCUCCCUACCAACGGUACCACGACUUCCUUGCUCGUAAUUAA